GUUUUUUAUCCACCGUGAUUAUAAUCAUAUAUUAGGAAAUAUUUAUAAAUUUAUAUUCAUAUAUUAUAUUAAUUUUAUAUUAAAGCUAAUUGUUUCGGGUUUUUUCGGUCCGGGCCGGGUUAUAGAUUUUAAGGCCCGUUAAUGAGCCCGGAAUUUCGGGUUCGGUCCGGGUAUUUUUAAUUCGGGCCGGUUAAAAAGAAAAAACCCGGACUGGGGUCAUAAUUCGGGUUGGUCCAGGGUCGGUUUCCGGGUUUCGGUUCGGUUUUUCCCACCCCUAGAAUCGGGCAUGCGCUUCCAUUUAUUCUCAUGGGCCAUAUAUCGUUAAAUACCCCGUAACUGAUUGGGCGGAACGAGUAGGCUGUUCGUAAGCUUGGUCCAUCAAACUAUUGGGAUUUGGGGCAGAUUCACUGACAAAUUUCAUAUGAGCCCAACAAAUGUAAACUAUGGGCCAAGAGGGUUAGUGACUCGUAUUAGGUUUUACUACGAAUCUUGGUUGUAUAACAAGAAAAUGACAAAUCUCAAGUAAAUUGUAAUAACAUUGACAAUUUAUAUUCUGGUUUUAUACUUCUUAUGAAUGCAUUUUUGAGGAUAUACAAAAUAUAUAUUUUGAAGAGCAGUUUCACUCUUUGGAUUUGUUUGGGGAUUUUCAUAGUGAUGCGGUAAGUAAAGUUCAUUUAGUAUGAAUUCAUAAAAUGAAUUUAUUUGGUUAGUGAAGUGGAAGGGGGUGAAGAGAAUGAGUGUGAAACUGUUCAAAGAGAGGAUAUUUGUAGUGGUGGUUCUUCUAGUGAUGAAGAAUGGAUUGGUAGUAGAAAAAAGCUAAGCUGCUACAAUUCGAAUCUGCUUGCUGAAAAUCAAUGUGAUGGAUUUGAACCAUUUUAUGAUAGUGAUAAUUCUGAAAAUUAUUUGGUCACACCAACUAGAAGUGAGGAUGAAGGUGAGAUUGGUGCGAAGGAGAGUGUUACAUACGGAGUUGAUAAUGAUGCUACACUCAAAAUGUUAGUAUGGAAAGUGGGAAUGAAGUUUGCUUCACCUGAAAUUUUCAAAAAACAAGUUGUGAGGUAUGCCAUAAUUGCAGGGUAUAGCAUUAGGUUUAGUAAAAGUGAAAAGGUGAAGAUUGCAGCCAGAUGUAAAGAGGGCUGUGUCUGGAGAAUAUACGCUUCUUGGGACGGACUUAAAGAGUCAUUCGUUGUGAAGUCUUUGAAUCCUAACCAUACGUGCAAUAGACAAGAUUAUGAGAAUAUACAUGCUAAACCUAGUUGGUCAAUCAGUGUAUUGCAGAUCAGUGUUAGUUGUGUUUUUGUGAAGGUCAAUGUUGGUUCUUUUUUUGCAAACUACUGCUACAUCUUUUUACAUCAGUGCAGGCCAGUAUUAGGUGUUUUUUGCUUAUCUGUAUAGGCCAUUUUUUGUAAAGGUCAUGUAUUGCUAUGUUCUGACAAACUUUAUGGUAAGGCAAUGAAACCAUUUGUUGCUUCAUUUUGUUCCUUAUUUCUCCUUAUGUAGUCAGGUCUGAUGUUCUUAUUAUUCAUUUUCUUAAAAGCUUAUAAUGGCCAAUGAAGAUUAGGGUAUUUAAGGGAUUAAAAAAAUGUUGGUGUAAUCACCAAGCUUAAUUGAGUGGUACUAUAUGUUUUGCCGUCUGUACUCUAUUAUUAAAGGGCGUAACUUCCGUUUAAUUUCCAUCUGUGCGCUAGCUACCAUCCGUUCCAUCUUCCUCUCUAAUCCUAGCCUUGAAUACACAGUCCGUUCUUUUAUCUCUCGUCACUCCCAACCUUGCCAAUGUUGCCAUCACACAGCUCUCCCGUCCACCGAACCUCCCAGGAGGUAACCGCCCGGCUCUUUAUUAAAUUUGUUCCUUCAGCAUCUUCAUCUUUCAUAAUCUCGAUCUCGAAUUCGACAGUGUCAUCCAACUAUGUUUGAAUUUUAAAUGUUUAAAUCUACCAGACUACCAGGUUGGUAAAGCUGGAGGAGUCGAAUGGAAAACAUGUCUGAUAAUUGUUUAAUUUCGAAGAGGAGGCAUAAUUUCAAUCACUUGUGAUACGACAAAUACACUUAGCUUCUACUAUGUUCUACUCAUGCUGGCAAUAGAUUGUGCACAUUGGAUUGGAAUACUCGUUCUGUUUUUUCCCUGCCUUUCAACAUGUGGUAGUCUUGCUGCUCCUCACAUCUAGAGAGACCCACCUGGGCUGCUGCUAUAUGGUUUGGUGAUUAAAGAAAGAUUCAGUUUUUUUUCUUGAGAAUUAAUUUGUGGUUUUACUAUUCAAGUACUUUUACUAUAUAUCCACGUUCAUGCUGGGAAUUUUGACAAUCUGGCCAAGAUUUGCCCAACUUUUUACUAAACUUAAGGUGGAAAAGGGUUCAUCUUUUGUUAUUAUAAAUAUGUUAUUGCAGUAAAAAAAAUCAUACCAAACAUAUCUUCUAUGCUUACGAAUUCACUAACAGUCUAACAUACUAUGGAUUCCAAGCUAUAAGUUGUGGUGUUUACUGCUCUCAAUUUAUAGGCUCAAGGGG